UUGAAAAAAUCAUGAAUUUCAAUAGAAUUUUAAUAUUGGCUGCUCUAAUAAUUGGUCUUUUAUCCAUGCUGUGGUUUGUUAUAGCAGCCUUAUUAGAACAACGUGUUCCCAAUGCACUGAUGGCCAAAGAAGGUUACAUAUUUGACUAUGUGGUGGUGGGUGCUGGCACAGCUGGUUCUGUGGUGGCCUCAUUACUUUCAAAACACAGCAAUGCUACCGUUUUGUUAAUAGAAGCAGGUGACCGUUUUGGUUUGUUAAGCAAAAUACCUUUAUUUACGACGUUUCAACAAAAGGGCUUGAAUGAUUGGUCUUUUCUUACGACAUCACAAAAGCACUCAUCCAAGGGAUUGGAGGAGCAGCGUCAAAGUCUCCCACGUGGUAAAGGACUAGGUGGGUCUGGAGAAUUGAAUUACAUGUUACAUAGCGAUGGUUAUGAAGGAGAUUUUGAACGCUGGUCACAGGAUUAUAAUCUCAGUGAUUGGAAUUGGUUGUCUGUAAAACCAUUUCUUGAGGCGGGUAAUGCAAAACCCCAUGAACGUCUGGAAAUACCAGACUCAUAUUCCAAAAUCACCUUAGCCAUACAAAAGGCACAAAACGAAUUCAUGCACAAACCAUGGCGCUUUCGAAAAGCACGUUAUAAUAUAAAAAAUGGCCUACGCUAUAGUGUCUAUCAAAGAUUUUUACAUGAUGCACAUAAAUACAAAAAUCUCAGGAUAAUGACAAAUACAAUGGCCAAAAAAAUUGAAUUUGAAUUAAAUAAAAGUAAUGAUGUCCAAGUGAGAGCUAUAAAAAUUUCUACAAAAGAUGAAAACACUAGAAAAGAAUAUAUUUUCGAGGUGGAGGUGCAAAAAGAACUUAUUGUUUGUGCGGGUGCCUUUCAGUCCCCACAGCUAUUAAUGGUGUCCGGAAUUGGAGAGAAAGAUGAAUUAAGAAAACUUCAUGUUGUCGUGCCGGACUUUGUGCCUGAGUUGCCAGCUGUUGGCCAAAAUCUACAUGAUCAUAUUAAUUUGCCUUUAUAUUCGUCUAUACAAGUCGUGGGACCUACUUUAAAUCAACGUUCUCUCUUAGAUCCUUUUGCCAUUUUUAACUAUUUAACAGUGGGCUCUGGUCAUUUGGGAAAUUUUGGGGUUCUAAGUCAUAUCUACAGUCUAGAGGGCAACAUUAAUGACACCUUUAGUUUAACAUUUUUCGGUGCUGGAGCUAUAGAUGAAUUGGCCUUAAUGUCUAUAUCAAAUUUUAAAAGAACACAUUUUCGUGCAUUAUUUCCGCGUUAUUUUAACACUAGUCAAGAGGGAUUUGUUAUAAUCUCGAAUUGUUUACAGCCGAAAUCGAGAGGUAAUGUAAAAAUACAAAAUGUAAAUAUAAGAAAAAAUCCCUUGAUAGAUCCAAAUUAUUUGGCCGAACAGCAGGAUGUAGAAUGUACUAUAAAGGCAAUACGAGCAGCGGUAGAGAUCGUUACAUCUUUUUCAUUUUCCGAAUUGGGCCCCAAAAUCCACUGGCCCCGCAUAAAGGAAUGUGCAAAUUUUGGACCUUUUGAAAAAGACUUUCUUUUAAAUAACCCAAGUGAUCAUUAUUUGGAGUGUAUUUUACGUUAUGUCGGUUUGGGUUCACAUCAUGCAGCAGGUACUUGUACUAUGGGCAAUAAACCAGAAAACAGUGUUGUCGAUUCCAAUUUCAAGGUACACGGUAUCAAAAAUUUACGUGUUAUAGAUGCCAGUGUUUUUCCAACACCAAUAUCGGGUUAUCCUAAUUCUAUUGUUGUGGGCUUGGCGACAAGAGGUGCUGCCAUGAUAUUAAAAGAUUAUAAAAGGAAUAUAGCGAAGUAAUGUUAACGAAAAGAAGAUAAAUAGAUCAAUUUAGUUAAAGUGUUUUCGCUAAAUGUAGUUUAAGAACUUUUCGUAAUAGUAAUAAAACAUGAAGUUAUUUGAGAAA